ACCUCUGACACUCCCGAUGGACCUAUGUUAUCCAAACCUGUACCUCAAUAUGUGAGUUAUGUGAAUCGGGUGGUAGCUGAAAUUAUCGAAACGGAAAGAACAUAUGUCAAAAGUUUAGAGGAUAUCAUUCAGGGUUAUUUAGAAUAUUUAGAAGAAAAUGAUAAUAUAAAAGUUGGAAGUGAUGAUGUUAAUUGUCUAUUUAGUAAUAUCAGAAGUAUCUAUGAUUUCAGCAAGGUAUUUCUAAGUGAGUUAGAACAAUGUGAAAGAGAACCUAUUAAAGUAGCCGAAUGUUUUGUAAGAAAUAAUAAAGGUUUCGUUAUUUAUACAGAAUACUGUACCAACUAUCCUGGUGCUGUUGAAGUCCUGACUAAAUUCAUGAAAGACCCAGAAUUAUCAGAAUUUUUUAAAAACAGGCAGCAGAAGUUAGGUCAUGGAUUACCUCUUGGUGCUUAUUUACUUCGUCCUGUUCAACGAAUACUCAAAUAUCAUCUUUUACUACAGAAUAUAUGGAAGAGUUUUGAGAAAGACGAAGAAGGUUAUGAUAUUUUAGAACAAGCAUUUAAACAUAUGACCAGUAUGGCCCACCAUAUUAACAAUAUGAAACGUCGCCAUGAACACGCUAUUAAAAUACAGGAAAUACAGAGUCAGUUAGAGGACUAUACUGGUGAUGAUCUUACAAGAUUGGGUGAACUUGUUUUAGAGAGUUCAUUUCGAGUGCAUGGUGCAAGAGCAUCUCGUCACAUAUUUCUGUUUGAGAAGGAAAUUUUAAUC